UGGAAAAUAACUUUAGUAUAAUCACUGGAUACAUAUAACAAUUUAAUUAAUUUUUUUUCUUUUUACUUUUUUUUUCUUUCCACGAUGGCAGGUGAGGCCGUGCCUCCCCUGCCUCUAGUGACUGCACGCCACUGAUCCACACCCACACCUCCCGCCUCCUGAACAGUUUUUUCCCCACAGCCAUCAGACUCAUGAACAAUAACAAGAUCUGAUAGCUCAGUUACAGCUCAUUUUAUUCCUAUAGAGGCUUUGCAGUCACGUGGUUUUAUCACGUGACUUUGUGUUACGCCGCCAUCUUGCCGGUCAACCGGUCAGCUCGUUCCUACGUGUUCGUACAGAUUCAGUUUGAUUUCUGCGCUACAUUUUCACCGAUUUCAUCCGAAUUAUGGCUGAUUUGCUAUCCAAUGAAGUUGUGCAUUUGGAUGAAGAGUCCAAGAAACGUUACCGAGAGAAGUUGAACCUUGUUGGCACAACGGAUCCGUACCUUUUACCGAGAAGCAUGCUAAAAUCACCUGAGCAUUUUGCAACAGCCGACCUGCCUGAUCUCUCAUAUCCAGACAUUUAUAAUUACCUCGUCGAUUCACCAUCUCCGUACACUGGAAAGGACCUUAAGGCAUACAAGAGUCUGGAUGCCUACAAGUAUUUUACAGCAGGUUUUGUGCAUGAUGGGCUGAUAUGGCAGAUUCCAAACAAGAAUCGAUUUCUUCUCAUGACCAAGGUAAAACACUCUCAACGGAUGAAUGAUCCUCCCCUCAGACCUUGGGUAGCAAUAGCGAAAGAUGGUCAGAUCCUGUGCUGCCACUGUACCUGCAUGGCUGGAUUGGGUGAAACAUGUUCACAUUCAGCAGCAUCCCUGUUCGCCCUGGAGACAUUAAUACGUAUGAAGACAGCCACUCCAUGCACAUCACUACCUUGUCAGUGGCUGAAACCAUCAGCAUCGCACAUAGAAUAUGCUGAAGGAUGCAAUAUCGAUUUUGCCCGUCCAGCCCAGAAACGAAAGUCAGAAGUUUCAACUCCUGAGGAAAGUGCUGCGAGAAAACUGCUGAAUGUUCCUCCACCAACUGAAGAGCAGAAAGCUGCCUUUUACAAGGCUUUGUCUGAAUGCGGUGGAAGACUAGCAAUUUUGAGCAUUGUCCCUGACUAUGCUGACAACUUUGAGCCAAGGGCAGUGAAGCGAAAGCUUCCUGUACCUCUCUCACAGCUGUACGAUUCUGGCAAUAUGAAACUCAGCCUAGAUGAACUUGCACUGAAAUGCCGGUCAGAGCUGGAAAAGUUACAUUCCAUUACCAGAAAGCAGAUAUCUGCAGUUGAAGAAGAGUCCUGGGGCCAAGCAACAUCAACAACUUGGUUUCAACAAAGAGCUGGGCGAAUUACGGCCUCGAAUUUUAAGGCAACGACCAGGACCAAUGUCUCAAAGCCAUCCAAGUCAUUGAUCAAGAGAAUCUGCUAUCCUGAACUGUGUAGAUUUUCAACAGCCGCAACUAGAUGGGGUUGCGAUCACGAGUCGGACUUAAGGAAGCGGUACGGAAUGAUAAUGACCCAGCGGCACACUGGCCUAAACGUUGACGAAACCGGAUUCCACAUGUCUGCCGACCGUCCAUAUUUUGGCGCAUCACCGGAUGGGCUACUCUCGUGUGACUGCUGUGGCAAAGGGUGCCUCGAAAUUAAGUGUCCCUUCUGCAUCAAAGAUAAAGGAGUGGAAGAGGUUGCUGGUGAGUCCAAGGCGGUCUGUUUGGAGCAGAAAUCGAACGGCAAUUGCGUGCUACGUGGAGACCACCAGUAUUAUUACCAAGUACAAUCACAACUGUAUUGUACUGGCAGGAAGUACUGUGACUUUGUCGUAUGGAAGGAGAAUCUACUCUUUAUUCAGCGCAUCAUUCCUGAUGAUUCCUUCCUGGCAAACGAACUGGCCAAGAUGGACAAUUUCUAUCUCCGUUGUAUUAUGCCAGAGCUAUUAGCUAAAGUGUACACGGUAGAACAAUCUGUUGCUACCACUGCAUCCGCUUCGGAAGAGUUUGUUUGCUACUGCCGUAACCCUCCCACUGAGGAUAUGUUGGUUUGUAAAUCCAAGAACUGCAGCAUCAAAGCAUUCCACAUGAAAUGUCUUGGCAUAAAACGAGUCCCACAACGAUGGUUUUGCCCUAACUGUAAGAAGUUGGAAGUAAAACAGAAAAAGUUGUUUCUGUAAGAUUCUUUCCUGGUAUUUAUUACAGAAAAAAUAUGGAUGCAACAUCAUUACUCAAAUGGUACAAUUGGGUCGGAUAAAUUUGUAAGUGCGCAUGACACUUGUACAAUUUUAUCUAAUGUUGUGAAACCACUGUCAUCAGAUGACAAUAAAGAU